UUCCCUUUACCACGUUUUACUGAUAAAGUAGGGAUCAAAAGAUAAAUUAGAGAGUACACUCGCUCAGUUGACCUGUAUACGGUUACCGUUGAACGGCAGUAAAUUAUUUCCCAGCGUUUUGCUUCACAAAAUUGUACCGAAACCAUGGAGUCACGAGAUCCGCAAGGUAAUGAGCCAUCAAGUCCCGAAUUGAAAACCAAAAAAUCCCAAUUCGAUGUCGCUAAGAGCAGACUGCAAUUCGAGUCGAACUCGAAAGGAGGUAUCUUGCCAGGACUCAUUCCGAACAAGAAGGGCAUCCCAUUUGUCCGGAGCACUGUUGAGAAAAGAAUAGGACCUCUCUAUGAGAAUGAAGACGACAUCCAGCAAGGUGCAGCAGGAGACCCUACAAAUCUCAUACCCCCGGUUAUUAAUCGCGAAUCGAAACCUGUGUUUCCUCCUGCUAAGCCGACAAGAUCUGCACUCGCGACCACUUCAUCGACGCAAAAUGAGAGCGUGGACGAAAUUGAGUUGCGCAACGAAGAAAGUUUACGACAACUUAAACUUAAGUUGGCAGCCGCUGCCUCUGUGGAUGUUGCUGUGAACGCCGCCAGCGCGCCGGCCAUCAAGGACCAAGUGUCACCGCGGCGCAGCCUCGACGCGCUGCCGGGCGUGGUGGACAUGGCUACCUUGAUAGCGUCACCACGCACCAUCCCGGUCACCAUCACUGUCCCGACAGAUGUUCCGAUUUUGUGUGGAACGUUUCUCGGCACUGUUGCGGUGAACACCUCACUCAAGGGCAUCACAAAUGAUAAGAAAUUGAAGUUAUCUCUGAUGUGUCUCGCCAUCAUCCAGGGUUCAAAGAGCUACGUAAUAUGUGAUGGAAUUGAAGUUGGGAAGCGCGAAGAAAAAGACCUGAAUGCGCCAGUGAGGAUCUUCCUUGACACCGAUAACGUCCUUCUCAUGAUUCCGAGUUUGAAAGGUGAUGGCCGCAAGCUGGCUCUUCAUCGGCUGCAUAUGAUCGGCGCCGUGCACGGCUUCAACGACGGCACGCACACGGUCGUGUACGCGGGGCACAACGAGUUCACGAAAUGCCGGUCCGCCGUGGCGGUGACGCUCUCCGACGAGGUGGCCAAGAACCAGCUCGUCGAUCACAUCGUGCAGGGCGGCAAGAAGAGAUUGGCCAGACAAAAUACUACUCAUUAGGGAAUUGUGGAACGAUCGAUUAAGUUGCGCUGGUUUAAAUAACAUCCUGAUUAGAAUCAACUAAUUGUGAGACAGAUAAAAUACUACCAUUAGUAAAUUGUAAAACUAUCGAUUAAGUUGCGCUGGUUAAGAAACAUUAUGAUUAGAAUCAACUUAUUGUGAGAGCAGAUGAUAUGUGAUUUAUAUAAACUAGAAAGAAUACUCUGUGUCUACUGGCGAGUCUGAUUUGAGGCAAACGAAUUUCAUAUAGUUAUUAUAUUUUGCAAAAUCAUGAAAUAUUUUUUCUAUCGCCAGUCAUACCUUAUUCUUAACUCUAUGUUGCAGUUUAGACACAUGGAGCAAAUUAAAUUUUCUGAUAGCCGAUGAUAAGAUGUAAUUGGAAUUCUGAGCCUCUGCUUCGUAUUUAUUAGGAACAAUAGUUAAAAUCAUUAUCACAUUUAAAUUAAGAAAAUAAAUUAAUGUAUUUUCAUUUAUGGAACAUCUCGUAUUCAUUUCUGAAAGUAAUUUCCUUAAUUUCUCAAAUGUCGUCUACGAAUGAUUUAAAUUUUACUAAAUAGAAGCUCAAAAACUUGGUACGAUUCUUUGAAGCCAAGUUUCUAGGAGAAGAUCAAUGCUAUUGGCCUGUGCUGCUUAAAAAAAUUCUCAAUAUUGGCUCCGUUUGUUUAGGUUCAAUCGCUAGCAGUUAAAAAACCCACAACAACGAUGGGUUUUCAGAGUAAAUAUUGAUUUCUGUAUGACUAAUUUUCCAUUGAUCAAACUUUUGAGCAGCAAUUUUGCACGAACUUUCUCAUUUACUAUGUUUAAAUUAAAUUAUAUGGUGAACUAUUUAAAAUCCGUGAUUCUAACAGAUAUUUUUCUUGCUGGUGAAACUAUAUGUGCACACAAGUAGGAAUGUGUGUUAAAUUAUUUUAUUACGUAUGAGUAGAAAAUAGUCACAGGAAAGUGUACUUGCCCUUCAC